AUGUCAUCGACAUCGGAUGCAAGUUUGAUUAGUGCAUUGAACAAUGCUUCAACUCAACUAAAUCGAUACUUUGGAAUCUUCAUCUUUGUUUUUGGUGUUGCGGGUAAUACUCUCAAUACAGGCGUCUUGUCACGACGAACUCUUCGUUCAAAUCCUUGUGCAUGGCUCUUUCUUGCUUCAUCGAUUGCAAAUAAUAUUGCUAUUCUUGCUGGUAUCACUUCUCGGCCAUUAUCAACUUGGUCUGCUGAUCUCACAAAUACAAAUCAAUUUCUUUGCAAAUUUCGUGCAUUUCUUCUAUUCAAUGGUAUCACUAUUGGCUCCUGGCUUAUCAUGUUAGCAACAGUUGAUCGAUGGCUUUCAUCAAAUAUCAACGCUAGUCAACGACAAAAAAGUACAUUGAAGAAUGCUCAACUUGGUACAAUUCUGGUUGUCAUUGUUUCAAGUAUUAUUGAAGCACAACAACUCUAUUGCUUUGAAGCUAAUCUUACCAAUACUCCUCUCAAAUGUUAUACGAGAUCAGUAUGGUGUGGCAUUGUAUCAGAUCUAUUCUUUGCUCUGGUUUCAAUCCUUGCACCAUUGAUAUUGAUGAUCAUUUUUGGCUUAAUGACUAUUGCAAAUAUACAUAAAUCAAAUUUUCGUUUGCAACCAGCAAUUUCUUCAUUCAUUGCACAAAUGUCAUCGAUAUCAGAUGCAAGUCUCAUUGCCUUGUUGAAUAAUGCUUCAACACAAAUAAAUCGGUACGUUGGGAUCUUCAUCUUUAUCUUUGGUAUUGUGGGUAACACUCUCAAUACAUGCGUUUUAUCACAACGACCUCUUCGUUCAAAUCCUUGUGCAUGGCUUUUUCUUGUUUCAUCGAUUGUGAAUGGUAUUGCUAUUCUUGCCGCUCUCACUUCUCGACCACUAUCAACUUGGUCUGCUGAUCUCACAAAUACAAAUCAAUUUCUUUGUAAAUUUCGUGCGUUUCUUCUAUUCAAUGGAAUCACUAUCAGCUCUUGGCUUAUCAUGUUAGCAACAGUGGAUCGAUGGUUUUCAUCAAACAUUAAUGCUAGUCAACGACAAAGAAGUACAUUGAAGAAUGCUCAACUUGGUACAAUUCUGAUUGUUUUUGUUUCAACUAUCAUUGAAGCACAACAUCUCUAUUGCUUUGAAGCCAAUCUCACCAAUACUCCACUUAAAUGUUAUACAAAAUCAGUGUGGUGUGCUUUUCUGUCAGAUCUAUCUCUUGUCCUUAUUACAUUCCUAAUACCAUUACUAUUGAUGAUUAUUUUUGGUUUGAUGACAAUUUCGAAUAUACGUAAAUCACGCUUACGUUUGCAACCAGCCAAUAAAAUGAUCAAUGAUCAUGCGGGUCACAACACAGCGGCGACUGAACAGAAGAAAACCGAUCGUCAUCUUUUGAUCAUGCUGUUGGUUCAAGUUUCUCUCAUCUUUCUAUUUACUUUUCCACUUGCUAUUGAUAAACUAUAUGCAACUAUAACUCAAUCGAUGCCUAAAUCACCAUUGAGAAAAGCUAUUGAGAAUUUGAUUUUCAAUGUACUUCUUCUUCUUUCUAAUGUGUCUUCUGGAAUGCCAUUCUACGUUUAUACAUUAAGUGGAGGAAGUGUAUUCCGUAAAGCUCUGUUCGAUUUUCUGAGAAUAUUAAGUCGAAAGAUGAUGUGUCGACGUGGCUAA